AUGCGGCGUGAAAGUGGUAGCGUCCCGAAAUUAACCAAUCGUAUCUCCACACAAGGCUACUAUGGGAACAACCCUGACGGCAAAUCGAAGGGAACCGCGAUACUUGUACACAAAUCGAUUCCAUUCUUACAGACCGAGACCGAAACUGACAGUAACGGCCGAUACGUAUUUGUUAAGGGAUCACUGCUGGGACAGAACAUCACCCUGGCCAAUAUCUACGCCUCAAACUCCAAACAUGGGAAAUUCUUAAAAUCCACACUUAAGACACUAAUGUCCUUCACGGAAGAAUUCCUGAUCCUAGGGGGUGACUUCAACAUAGCCCUAAAACCAGGGGUAGCCACCUCAACAGGCACGUCAGCGAUACUGGAGCAGAUCCUCCUGACAAUCAGACACACCCUCCAUAUCCACCGCCUUGUUGACUACUGGAGGGCCAUGUACCUGACCGACAGAGAUUACACACACUACUCCAUACCCCACUCUAG